GCUUCCACUGGAUCUCUGAAAACAAAAAAUUGCGCCAUUGAUGGUCAAUACAUAUACGUUUUAAAAUCUAGAUACAUCGCUUACAUUUGCAUUUUGAUACAUCCAGUGUAUAUCGGAACAGUUCAAUUAUAGAAACAACGUUUGAUAUUUUAACAUCGAAAAGAAAAAAACAAUGGCACAACAACAACAGGCAACAGAUAUGCCAACAUUCAAGCUUGUGCUGGUUGGCGACGGUGGUGUAGGCAAAACAACAUUUGUGAAACGUCACUUGACUGGAGAAUUUGAAAAAAGAUAUGUAGCCACUCUUGGUGUAGAAGUACAUCCUCUUCGUUUCCAUACCAACAGAGGCGAAAUCUGCUUCAAUGUGUGGGAUACAGCAGGUCAAGAGAAAUAUGGUGGUCUCCGAGAUGGAUACUACAUUCAGGGUCAGUGUGCUGUGAUAAUGUUUGAUGUCACCUCAAGAGUCACAUACAAAAACGUGCCAAACUGGCACAGAGACUUGGUACGAGUGUGUGAGAAUAUUCCUAUAGUCCUGUGUGGAAAUAAAGUUGAUAUCAAAGACAGAAAAGUGAAAGCCAAGGCUAUUGUUUUCCACAGAAAAAAGAAUCUCCAGUACUAUGACAUCAGCGCCAAGAGCAAUUACAAUUUUGAGAAGCCUUUCUUGUGGUUGGCCAGGAAACUUGUUGGUGACCCUAAUCUUGAAUUUGUUGCUAUGCCUGCCCUCGCCCCACCAGAUGUUCACAUGGACCCAGAACUACAGAAACAGAAUGAACUUGAACUCCAGCAAGCAGUAAAUGUAGCCUUACCCGAUGAUGAAGACGACUGUUUGUAAUAUCCAAUCAACCACUAGCUCACUGUUGUUGUAUAUUUAUCUGACGUAUUUGAAAUUCUGAUGAGCCUUUCAAUGUCUCCAUAUUGCUUACAUGUUUGUAUUGGUGCAAUUUUUUGGAUAGACUGCAAAGAGUUGAUGAACAAUGAAACGCUUAAAUGAUGCACAUGUUGCUGCAAAAAGUAAAAAUAAGCUGGGAACCAGGGAUAUGGAGGCAAGAUGGCACUUACAUCACAACAGAGAUAUUCCUAUGGACAAAAAAGAGAUUGUGGAAAGAACAGAACAAAGUAUACCUUGAACAGAAAAACUGAAUUAGGGAAAGUGAAUGGAUUAAUUUGUGGAAAAAUAAGAAAUACUGAUAUUAUUUAUUUUUAUAAUGAAACUUUAAAUAGGAAAAUGUCUGUUAGAAUCUUGAACUUUUUUGUUUUUAUCUUAACUAAUCAUUGCAAAUAAGAGACAAGCACACUGCUAAUGCUUCACAGUUAUUUUAGGGUGAUCUGCAUUAUCUCAUGCUUAUUUUAAGAUAUUGCAAGACUUCACAUCAGGGAGGAUGUUGUAAUUUCUUUGAUUAAGAUGUUUUAUUUUGUGUGUUUUUCAAAGUCAGAUCUAGUAAUAGCUGAAAAUUGUGAUGGUAUUUGUGUUCAGUUUGCACAUGUAAUGUGUAAUUUAGGUGUUAAUACAUAAAAAAAUUGUUGUCUUUACAUGACAGUUUCUUUGUGAUAGGUGUGAUAUUUUGAAUGAAUACAGAAAUUUAAAAAAAAAAAUAUUUUUCACGUCACAAUAAUUUUCAUCUGAGAUUAUUAGGUUUGGCUGCAUUUCUAUCAUUAGAUUUUGUAGUUUAUUCAUGGAAGGUGAUGUUAACCUUUUAAUGUUCAGUUAAUCUCAAAAUUAUUUAUUUGAGGUUAAGAUACAAAAGUCAGUGGAAAUAACUUAACAGAAAGAAGGGUUAAUGUUUUUUUUUUAAGCCGUGUUGACGACCGGAUCUUAAGGUUGACUUACCAAUCACCACUCUACACAAUAGCAUUUGAAACAAGAUUUCAGUAAAAAAAAACUUUUUACAUUUCACCAUGUCAAAAUUAUAUAUGUACACCAAUUCUGAUUUUCUUCUUUAAAAGUAAUUAUUUGUAAUUGGUAGUAACCAUUUUAAAUGCUACUGUUGUAUUAACUGAAAUUGGAAUCAACAACUGUUUUUACUUCUGUCAAAUUCAUUUAUAUAGAAAACGGACAUCUUAUUUUUUGUGAAAAUGGAUGUGUAAACACUUCACAGGAUGUGAAAUAUGUUAUAUAGCAGUAGUAAACAGGUUUAUUUCAAUCAAUUUCAUAUGUAGAUAAAAAGAAAAGCAUUUCAUUGCUGGAUACAUGCAUGUAUUGCAAGUUAAUUGUUGACACUGAUGUUUGGGAUGUGGGUGGGGUAACAAAACAUACACAAAUGUAUCCAUCUUUGUAACUUACAUUGUUAUUUCAUCUGGUAUUUGUAAGUAAAUGAAAUAGUUUGAAAAUGGAGAA